AAAAACAAUCAUGGCCGCCGUUACGUCAUUGACGCAUUGAGAAACAAAACAAAGACUGGUUCCGUCAGAAUCUUGUCACGAAAAAAAAACAUUAAAAAUUGCAAAAUUUUCAGUGUAAAAAUUGAUAAAUAUGGCAGAAAAUAAUACGGAGGGUUCAGAAAGUGCUAAUUCAAAAAAAGAGAACAAUGAAGGUUGGUUCAACUCGUGGCUCAGCGCAGCGAAAAAUAAGAGUACAGAGGUCUUGGAAUUCGUCAAAAAAGACCUGGAAGAAUUUGGUACUGCAGUAAAAAAUGAAGCUAGCAGUGUUGUCUCCUCUGCGGGCUCUGUUAUGGAAAAAACACUUAGUCUGGAAUCUCCUGAUUCAACAGUGAACAGUGUUAAAAGAAGCUUCAGUACUUUCUUAGGUCAAAUGAACACAGUAUUAAACCCAUCUCCAGAUGAUGAAGAUACGGAAAUUUUGAUAAUAGAAAACUCUGAAACCCAUUCCUUAAAUAGAUUACAAAAGGCUUUAUAUGAGCUUCAGAAAAAUCCAGAGACUUACUUGUGUGAUCCAGAGCCACAGAUAAGAAAACAAUAUGAAUGCUGGCUAGAGAUUUUAGAACCUGAUCAACUGUCAGAUGAUAGAAUAGCAAAAUUUGUGAACAGUUCAGAAGUUUUAAAGAAACAGUAUGCUAAACUGGUGCCAGAUAUUAUGGAUCACCAGCUGUUUUGGAAGAGAUAUUUGUUUAAAAAAGCUUUAUUGGAAGAUGAGAUAGCUAGACAAGAAUUAUUGGAAAAGAGAGAACAAAAGGCACCAGAAAAAGAAGAACCUGUGGCGGAGGAAGAAGAAGAAGAGUUUGUAGAAAGACAAAAACAGGAGAAAUUGAAAUGGGAUAAUGACUUUGCAGCUGACGUUGAAUUAACCGAAGAGGAGCAAAUAGCAUUAUUGGAACAGUAUGAACAUGAGCAGAAGCAAAAAUCGCCAAAAAGUUCAGUUAAAAAGGCAGCCAUGAACAGUGGAGACAAAAAAGUUAAAGGCUAUAAGCAAUUCAAUGGCCUAAGAAUUGUAAACGGCACAUCUGCAAAGAAGGGAGAAUUCCCUUACAUGGUGUCUUUAAGAACCUGGGGUCCAGACUACACGGAGAUUCAUUGGUGCGGCGGCUCAAUCAUUUCGGAAAUUUUUAUAUUAACUGCAGGUCAUUGCCUGGAUGAACAGUUAAUAUUUGCCAGAAUCGCUCAAAUUGAACUCGAUGAUUUUUCCGAAAACCACACCUACAGUGUCACCAUAAGAAAAGUAUAUUUGUAUCCAUAUUAUUACAAAGACCUAAAUAGUGUAAAUGAUUUGGCGCUAGUGGAGUUAGUUACGCCAUUAGUGUUUGACUCAUCAGUGCAGCCAAUUAAAUUACCGGAAUUCAAUACUACAGUGCCGAUUUUGGAGGAGGCUAGUAUUAUAGGCUGGGGUAUGGUCAAUGAAUCUUUGAGAGAACCUUCACCUAUUUUACAGAAAGCAGACGUGACAAUAUUUCCUGACUUUUAUUGUGAAUAUUUCUUAGGAGCAGAUUAUUUGGUGGAUCAAAUGUUAUGUGCCGGAGAUUUACUUAAUACUAGAGGUCAUUGCAGUGGUGACUCCGGUGGACCGUUAGUAGUAGAUGGAAUUCAAUGGGGCAUAGUCUCUUGGUCUAUUAAGCCUUGCAUAAGUGCACCGGGAGUGUAUACCAGUUUGGCAAAUUCAACAUAUAGGAGCUGGAUUCGUGAUAUUACCGGCGUUUAGGAUUCAAUAAAUAAAUAUAUGUAAAAAAGUA